AUGACGUCGAAGAGGUUAGGGGAGAUAAGGGAGAGGUACUGUGUACCUCAUUAUCUGGAGAUGUUAGUGCCCGAAGCCCAUGAGCGAGCCUGUUAUCCGAGGCUGGGGUGCGUGGCUGUGAGCGAAUAUUUAUUUAGGGCAGGAGUCCAAGGGGUGGUAUUACUUGACUCCUUGGGGGCCCAUGGACCUUUUGUGGUGGGGCUGCCUUCUUCCAUAAAGGGGUGGAAGGAGUCGUGGUGCGAAGGUAGAGUCGAACGUCUCUCCAAGGACAGCACCUCGCGGGCUUCCGAAGAGGAGGCCCUCCAGAGCCAGGAAAAGGCCAAGGAGCCUCGAGGGAAGGAGAAAGUCUCUGAGGAGCCAAAGAAAAGGAAGCUUGUGCACAUCUCCAGCUCGUCUGGCAAAUUUGGGAGUUCUGUGUCCCAAGGCAAAGAAGCCAGACCUCCGAAGCUACUGGAAGCUGCUUCGAAAGCGGUUAGGAUUGAAAUGGUCAGGCAUGUAGAGGCUGAUGUGGUGAGGGAGGAGGUUGCAAGGAGGCAAGCUGAGGUGGCUGAGGAGAAGGCUGCCAAGCAGAAACCUGUUCGAGUACAAGGCAAGUCUCUGAGCUUCCUUGCCAGCAGGGAAGAGCCUAUGGCCCCAGCUUUAUUCCACGCCUCCACCUGUGAUGCCACUGACUUGACGAGGGCUCUUGUGAGCCACAGCGUUAGGACCUUUGGCCUCACACUAGAGUGCAGGGAGGCUAUUACUGAUUUUGAGACGAGGACCCAGUCCUCUGAGAAGAAGGCUACCUCUCUUGUAGAGGAGCUGAAAGCAGCUAGGGCAGAAGCUGAAGAAGUCAGGGCCCAAAAACUUGAAGAAUCGGCCAAGCUGGAGUCUGCCUUGGCUCAGAUAGAGGUAUUGAAGAGGGAGGUACAUGAGUCUCAGUGCGUGGUUGCCUCCUUGACUAAGAAGGUGGAGCGGGCUAAGGAAUUGUACCCAAAUCAGGACCUGUCGCAACUCAAGUCGGAGUUUGUGGACGAAGUGCCUCAAACCCCAGCUGAUGAAGUGGUGGGAGAUGAAGUAACAGAGGUAGAAGAAGCACAUUCUGAUGCUCAAGCUGUCAAAGUUCCAGCUGCUGAGGCACCUCCACCAUCUUCCCAGGCUUAG